AUGUGGUGUGAUAACUGUUUUCUAGUGUUUCCACUUCGCGCUGGUGGGAUGGUUCUUGCCACCAUAAUGGCGAUUUACUGUAUAGCUGGUGGGAUUAUUCUGUUCAAUUAUGGAGAAUUUCUCUUUUUCCAUUACCCCGAAGCUCAAAUAUACGGUGGCUAUGCAAUGGCGCAAGGGGCAAUAGCAAUUAUUAUUGUGUUCGUCUUUGCCAAUCGGUCCUUUAUAUUCACACGCGUACUCUUCCGCAUAUAUCCUGUCAUCAUUGUCCUUGGAGCAGUGCGCGGAGGUAUAAUGGCAUGGGAAUUGCAAUACUAUAAAGAUCGUAUCGUAUGGGAAUGUCAGAAUGGCGGUCAUAAAUGGAUAGAUCCGAGUAAACCACCCGACCCAGCAACCGUUCCACCAAAGACUCUCCCCACAACUCUGCCACCGGCUUUCUGUAAUCAAGGGGUUAAUAAUUUAGCUGUUGUCUUUACUGCCAGCCUGGCUAUUGAUUUUAUUCUGAUGGUGGCUCUAUAUGUAUUUCCUUAUAUGGAGAUUCCACACUAG